UAGCUUACCUCUCAAAAGUAUGGACAAGAAUACUUAUAAGACAUUUUCAAGCAAGGCGAUACCUUUUGGAGGCCAAAAGAAAGCUAAUUCUCGAAUAAACCGGAGGAUUAUGAGUCACAAAUAAGACAAUUAUAGAAAACCGGAAGAAAGCACUUAACAAUCUUGGAAAUCGAAAUUUUAACAUUCAAAAAAACGUGACCAUGGGACUUUAUCAGAAAUAAACCGGUGAACCUGAAUAGAUUUAAGUCUCCAGUGCCUGGAAUAAGUCACCGGUUGGCCACAACAAUAGAUGGCAAGAACAGAACGCCAAAUAUGAAACCGAGAGGGAGACCAAAUCAGAAUUCAAGAAAUGACUCUUCUUCCAUAACUCCUUUAUCAUUGAAAAGGGGCUUCAAUAAAAUCAAGAGCAAGGUCCCAAGGAGCAACUAUAUGGCUCAGCUAAUGGGAGCCCGUAAGAAUCCAAAACAUAAUCAUAAAUAAUCAUAAUAAGAUGCCUGAAUCCACUAAGAAAGUCAUGCUGAUGAAGCAGGAUACACUGGUCACUGAAACGGAUUUCAGCGAGUUCCCAGAUGUAGCUCCCAAGAAUAGUGCGCCAAAUAGAAAGAACUUCAAGAAAAUUCAGACUAAAAUUAUGUCUCCUAAUAUGCGGAAGCUUGACAUGAGCAAAAUGAGGAAGUAAGAGAAAAGAAAGCUUAGUCGAAAAAAUUCUCCAAGGAAUCGCUAAAGGGAUUCGCUCCCCUGCCGGUCGACAACUAAAGCCACUUCCUAAUAGCAGAAUGGCUCUUCAUAGGAGAGCGAAAAUGAAGAAUAAUGGCAAAAAUUCCCAUCUAUCAAUGGGCCAUAGAGGAGACUUUGGCCGUCACAAGAAGAAGACCUUGCCGAAAACGAGUAAUCACAAUGAUAUGAACAUGACUUCGUUCAUUAGUAGUAGAGCUUUUGGAGAUGUACAUAAUAAGUUAAAAUAAGCUGCAUUCCCUAAUGCACAGUCGUCCGUCAAAAUAGGUCCUUCGUCAGCAACAGUAGGAGUGGGAGACGAAUUACACUUUCAAACACCAAGUCUCCUAACUUCAAGGAUAAUGCAGCUGAAAGAGCUAAGAGGUACUUCUCAAAGAAGAAUGGAGAUAUCAGAAACCUUGAGAGAAAAAGAACAAACUCUAUCAACUCAGUCAAGCUAAGAAAUCCGAAGAAGUUUAGAAAUAGAAUUAAAUCUGAAAAUGACUUUGAAAGCGAAGCUUUCAGAGAAUCUAAUGAGUACCUAAACACAGACACAGUCGAUAAUGGCCCUGAUGAGCACUCUCCUGCAAUGCUAGAAAACUUUGAUCAUGAGUUAGAGAACAUUCCUGAAAGCUCUAAAUUUAUCGGUUGCAGUGGGAAAAAGUCAAAGAAAUCAUCAGCGAGCAAAAAGACUAGGAAACAUGUGAGGUACUCUAUCGGCCCACCUGAGCCUACUGGUAAGGUAGCUAUCGAUAAGGCCAAACUCCUACGUAAAGCUACAUCUCGGAGAAACAAGGAUAUCAGUAUCACUCCUAUAAGAGAUACCCAGUCUCGUAAACGGAAAGAUACAGCUACAACACAAGUUCUCAGCAUGAAGAACUUUGGAGAGAACAGAAGUGUAAUUCGAAAGAGAAAGAUUAAGCUUCGCCAAAUAACCUUUAAAAAGCAGAGGAAGCUUAAAAAUAAUCGAAUUAAGAAUUCUUCAGAGUAUUCGACUGCCUCUCAGAAGGCAAGUAAGGAAUUUGUCUUUAAGUCGUUCAUGUCUGGAGACUCCAAGAAUACAAAGAAAUCUAGAAACAAGAGUAGGAGCAAACAGAGAGGCACUAUCAAGAUAAAGAAUAACUUAGGCACCAUCCAAGAAGAGAAAGGCAAGAAAAAUAAGAGGGGCAAGAUGUCUAACUUCAAUAGUAAUAGUAACAACCAGAAGCUGACCAAGUUCUCACAAGGAAAGAAAAGUUUCUUGAAAACUAAGUAUCCAAAGAACAAGGGAGAUAGGCGCAGGACUAUCUGAAGUGUGACUAGUGAUGACAGUGCAGAUAAGGGCAAGAUCUUCUCAGAUAGGCUACCUACUUCCUCCCGGAAGAUCAGUUCAAGAUCUGGUCAGAAGAAGUCUAAUGAGAAUGGGAGCGAAAACCGCAGAUAUGGAUCUAGCUAUUCGUACCAAUCAUCUGUCAGCGAUUCUGAAAAAGACUAUGAUGACCUCCAAGAACAGAAAUUACUUGCAAAUAUGUUGCAGCAGAGUUAUGUGAGAAGAAGCACCGAAUUUGAUGGAAAAGGGACGCCAAAUCUGACCGAUUUCCAAUCAAAGAAAAGAGCAUCCUCCGCUAGAAGCCGGGAAAGCUUCUUUAUUCCUUCCAUGCUUAAUAAAGAGGCAGAGAAAAACAAUAAAGAAACGAAAGACAAAGCGAAAGCAAUAGCUGUUUUAGAAGUCUCAGAAAGACUUGGAGACAAGUCAAGCAACUGUGAUAAUCAAGGGGAUUCAUCCAGGCAGAACUCUAAGUCUAACAAUUCUAAGCAGUUGGAGGUCCCAAAUAGGCCUAGAAAGGGCAAUCAAAUUUCCAUGACGGAUAUAGCUUCUGUCGUGGAUGACACAGGCAGGUCCCAUACUAAUCGAUAAUAAUUUAAUCAUCUAUAACUUUC